CCGAACGUAUUUGAUGGAUUUCGUUCAUCAUCUUCCCCAUUCUUUUCAGAUCAAAGGGACGAAGACAACGAGAUUAUGGCUACAGAAAGUGAUCCUUCUGUUUUCGCAGACGAUAGAAACGACGAGGGCUGGGUUCACGACGAGGGAUGGUUCGCGAUGGUGGUAGACAAGAGCAAGAGCGAGGGUGGUAGCCGGCGCCAGUGGGCGGUUUUCUUUGCUAUCACUGCUCUGAUCAUCGCUCUGGCCGCUGCUUCCACCGCCUCCCCCAAGAUCUCUCUCUUCGGUAAAGUCAAUAAGCUCUGCAGCUGCUCCCAGCAGCAGCUGAUUUUGACUGGGCAGUUCUUAAUUUCGUCUGUGUGCGCACAGAAAUAUACUGGGAUUGUGGAAGAUUGCUGUUGCAACUACGAGACGGCUAACCUUUUGAACGAGGAAGUAUUGUAUCCGUCUCUCCAGGAGCUUGUGAAAACCCCAUUCUUCCGUUAUUUCAAGGUGAAAUUAUGGUGUGACUGUCCUUUCUGGCCGGAUGAUGGCAUGUGCAAAUUGAGGGAUUGCAGUGUCUGUGAAUGUCCGGAUAAUGAGUUCCCUGAGUUGUUUAAGAGGCCUUUCCGCCGUGGUCUGCCCUCAGAUGCGCCUAUUUGUCAAGAAGGCAAGCCGGAGGCUGCCGUCGAUCGCACCCUUGAUCAUAGAGCUUUUAGGGGUUGGACAGUGACUGAUAACCCAUGGACAAAUGAUUAUGAGACUAACAAUGAUGAGAUGACGUAUGUGAAUCUGCAACUGAAUCCUGAACGCUAUACUGGAUACACUGGUCCAUCAGCUAGAAGGAUAUGGGAUGCUGUUUACUCUGAGAACUGUCCCAAGUUUUGUAGCCGGUCUGUUCUGAUGUGCCAGCAAGGGUACAUGGAACUGUGGAUUAGGAGAGUUUUACUGUACCAAUAGGGCAUGCGUUGCAUAUGCACUUGAGAGGACUAGAGCUGAAUAUUGUUAUUCUAGGAUGAGGAGGAGAAGGUCAUGUUACAGCCAGGUAUUUGUUUUCCUAUAACGGUCUGAAACUUUGGUUCCUACAAACCCAGUUUUAAGUUUUCAUGAUGUGAAAUAAUUUGAAUGAUCUUUAGCAAGCAACCAUGUGGGGAAAAAAAAUACCAUAGCUACUAGAUAAUUGGUGAAGUUUAAUCAAAUGAUAAAUGCCAGAUUGCCUGCUCAAUUCCCAAAGAGUUGUUGAAUUAGUAAAUAAUUCAUAUA